CGCGAUAUGAUGAUGUCAUUGGCGGGUGUUUUGAAGAAUUUCUGCAACAGUCCAAACAUAACAUAUUCGUCAUUAGGUCUCUAUUCUACUUUUCCUCUGUCUCUAAACUAAUUUUGUUUCAAUUUAUUAUUGCUUCUACUCUACGUAAACACUGCUAUAACGUAAACGAAAGGGGAUUCAUAGCUAGCAAGCAGGUUUCAAUUUACUAUUGAAACCUGGACUAUUUGUUAAUUAGUGCUAUGCAGACCUCUGCGGUGUAGCUCUAGUAAAGACGUGAUGUUUGUGGAAAUAUGAAUUGGGAAGAUCUGGAGCUCAGUCCGAGAAUAAUAUCCGGUUUAAAGAAAGCCAACUUUAAAUCAGCAAGAGAGAUUCUCUGUCAUUCGGGUCAUGAUCUGCAGCGACUUGCCAACUUGUCCAAGUGCGACGUCAAACACCUGCUCGCAGUUGUUGCUUCCUCUCUCCGCAGACGUCCACCUACAACGGCCUUACAGCUACAGCGCGGUGAAUGCCUUUCUUUGGAGCCCGGGCACAGAUUGACUUUGGCCUGCCCUGUUUUGGAUUCCUUCCUACGAGGUGGUAUCCCUUUGUGUGGCAUCACAGAACUUGCAGGAGAGAGUGGCACGGGGAAGACCCAGUUUGGAUUGCAGCUUAGUCUUUCAGUACAAUAUCCUCAAGAGUAUGGGGGGCUUGGUUCAGGUGCCGUCUAUAUCUGCACAGAGGAUUCUUUUCCCAUCAAGCGACUCCGACAGCUCAUUACCCAGCAGUCUCUGCUGAGGCCCGAGCUCCCGCAGACCCUCAUCCGCAGUAUCCGCUUCUCGGACAAUAUUUACAUAGAGCACGCCGCUGAUUUGGGGGCGCUGCAGGUCUGCGUGUCUCAGCGGGUGCCCGUCCUGCUCUCCAGAGGCCUGGUGAGGCUGGUGGUGGUCGACUCGGUGGCCGCAUUGUUCCGCAGCGAGUUCCAGGCGGACGAGGCGGCAGAGAGAGCCCGCCACAUGCAGACCCUGGCGGGCACUCUCCACCGGUUGAGUCACAGUUAUAAUGCGCCCGUCCUGUGCAUCAACCAGGUGACUGAUGUUAUUGACGACUCUGAUCAAGCACGCUGCAAUUUUGGUCUAGUCAACAGCAAGGUGCUGCCUGCUCUAGGCAUGGCCUGGGCCAACCUGGUGCUGGUGAGACUGAUGCUGAGACGCCUGCAGGGCAGCACGGGCUCAGGGACCCAGGACAGCGCCCCCCGCAGGCUGGAGGUGGUGUUCGCUCCCCAUCUGCCCCAGGCUGGCUGUCUGUGUGGGGUCUAUGAGGAAGGAGUGAGGGGACUGUCAAGUACAGACCCUGGUCAGUGACCUAUUAAGUUUGGCUCAAAGACAUUGGUCUGAUGGGGGUUCAAGAAGAUUCUCUUUGAUAGUGAGCAAAUUCUUAUUCUGAUCACCACCAAUGUCACUGUCCAUCCUGAAUUAUAUAGGUCAUGAACAUGGUUGAAGGUGUGUACUAGAGGGAGUUUGCCAGUGAGCAAGGUAGUACGACCAAAGACUGAUGCUUCAAAUUUUACCACAGGAUCCUAACGGUGUCAAUGUUUAUUAGGCAUGUAACAAGGGAAAACAUAGAUUGUUGUUUAGGUUGUUUUUUUAUCAUUCCUCUGUAGCACUACGUUCUGUCACAAUAUUUGGGCUUUUAUCUGAUUUUUGAACCUGUUCCUCUGGUCAUCCAUCAUGCAUAAUCUACCGAAAGAAUGUUUGCAUGAUAAAUAAAUAAUAUAUUU